AUGAGGAAGGAUUCGAUCACCAGAGACGUAGUUGUGGGGAAGACCUUCAUUCUUAACUUAAAGAGCGGACCAAAAUUAAUACAAGCACCAACACACACCAAACAUCAAAGAUGCCCAAAGCACUCUCCAUACUCUCCAUUUUCCAAAGACGAUAUGGUGGAGUCAAGAGGCAAGUGUAACCGAAUGUAUAGAGUAAGUCAUCAUUCCAGAGCAACACAAAAGGAACUGUAUUCUGAUGAAAACGAAAAACUUGAUGUCAUCUUAACUCAAGGUAGAACAGUUAGUUUGAAUAGAAGAAAAAACAUCCCAUAG